UCUAUAAGUUCAACUUUUCAUCUUUCUCAAACAUUGUUAGACUUGACUUGAGCAAGAACAAACUCUUUGGAAGUAUUCCGUCCCAAAUCAGUGAUCUUACAAAACUCACCCACCUUGUUCUUUCCUUCAAUGAACUUUCUGGAUAUAUUCCACCACAAAUGACCUUUCUCACAAGUCUGUUAUAUUUAGACCUUUUUGAGAAUCAUAUUAGUGGUUUCAUCCCUCAAGAAAUUGGUAAUUUAAAUUUUCUCACUUAUCUUGAUUUGUCUUAUAACAAUCUCAGUGGUUCAAUCCCUGCUUCUUUACUCAAUUUGACUAAGCUGGGUAGUCUUUUCCUUAAUAGUAACCAACUUUCUGGCAUCAUUCCUCGAGACAUCGGAAGGCUGAGUUCUCUAACAACCUUGGAUCUGUCCCUGAACAAUCUCACAGGUUCAAUCCCUACUUCAGUAUGCAAUUUGACCAGCUUGACCUAUUUAGCAUUUCCUGGAAAUAGCCUUUCUGACAACCUACCUCGAGAAAUUGGUGCUCUAAGGUCCCUUACUGGAUUCUUUUUGGGCAAAAACAAUCUUAGUGGUUCAAUCCCUUCUUCAUUAACCAAUUUAACUAGCCUGGUGGAUCUUGAACUAUUUGGUAACCAACUCUCUGGAAUCAUUCCUCAAGAUAUAGGAAGGCUACACUCUCUAACAAGAUUAGGUUUUUCAAAAAACAAUUUCUCUGGAAUCAUUCCUCAAGAUAUAGGAAGGCUACGGUCUCUUACAAAAUUAAGUUUUGCAGGAAACAAUUUCAAUGGUUCAAUCCCUACUUCUUUAACCAAUUUGACUAGCUUGACAUUUAUUUCCCUAGCAAACAAUCAACUUUCUGGCAUCAUUCCUCGAGAUAUAGGAAGGCUAAGCGCUCUUACAUCCUUGGAAUUUUCCACAAACAAUUUAUUUGGUCGAAUCCCUAUUUCCAUAUGCAACUUGACCAACCUCACUUAUUUAUCAUUUUAUGGGAAUCAACUUUCUGGUAUCAUUCCUCGUGAUUUAGGAAACCUGAGGUCUUUAAGUAAUUUGAGCAAUUUAAGAAUAUUAAGUCUUUCCAACAAUCACUUAACUGGGUCAUUACCAAUAGAAUUGAACAAUCUAAUCCAGUUGAAACAAUUAGAUUUGGGUAAUAACUCUCUUUCUGGGAAUAUUCCUACCACUGUAUGGCAUUGUAAGAAUCUUACAUAUCUGAAUCUUUGCUCCAACAAUCUCACAGGAAAUAUUUCAAAUGAGAUUGGAACAGCUGGAGAAUUGAGGUAUCUAAUAUUAAAUGAAAACAACUUUAGUGGCACCCCUCCUAAAUCCAUCGGUAACCUUCAAUACUUGAAAGUUCUCCACUUAGCGAACAACAAGUUUGAAGGCGAUAUACCUACCGAAUUUUGUUCAUUACGAGACCUUCGUAUCCUUUCUUUAAAGUCGAACAAAUUUAAUGGAUCAAUCCCUAUGGAGAUAAAUCAUUUGCAUCAGCUUCGUAUCUUGGACUUAUCACAAAAUAGUCUUAACAAGCAAAUUCCUAGCAGCAUGUGGAACCUGAAGAAGCUAACAAGUAGAGUUAAUGACACAUUCUCGAUUGACGAUGUUGUCUCAAGCUUUGGAGUGGAGAUGGUGAUCAAAGGGAACAUCCUCGAGGUUGAGGUAAUAUCCCUGCCAAUAUCGGAGACAUGUCGAGUUUAGAGUCUUUGGAUUUAAGUUGGAAUGGAUUGGAUGGACAUACCCCACAAUCUUUGUCAUCAAUGGACUCUCUAGCAUUUCUGAACUUAUCUUACAAUAAGCU